UUCAUUUUCGUUGAUUCCAAGUGCGCGGAUCGCCUCCAAGCGAACCGAUUCCUGGCCCCACAAUAAAAGUAGCCUGCAUUUUGUGUUCGUUCGUUGUCCAGUGCAAACGUUUGUGCGUGACCUUUUGUUGUGGAGUGUAGAAGUGAAACUGUUAGCAAGUGCCAAGGUGCCAACUGUGUGGAAACCAGAGAACGAAAAAAAAAAACAAGCCCCGCCAGUCAUUACCCGUUGGAACGUUGAGCGCAGAGGAUGGGAAAAUUCGAGUACUCGCUGGGCCUCAAUGAGCUCAAGUCAAAGGAGCUGCGUCUGUGGCAGGCCCUGAUCGGGGAGUUCCUGGGCACCCUCAUCCUCAACUUCUUCGCCUGCGGCGCCUGCACCCAAGUGGAGGAUGGCACCUUCAAGGCAUUGGCCUUUGGUCUUUCCAUCUUCAUGGCCAUCACGAUUGUGGGCCACCUGAGCGGUGGACAUGUGAAUCCUGCCGUAACUGUGGGCAUGCUGGUGGCAGGACGCAUCAGUUUCCUGCGCGCCCUGUUCUACAUUGUCUUCCAGUGUCUGGGCGCCAUUGCGGGAACAGCGGCUGUCCGGAUCCUCAUCGAUACGGACUACUACAAUGGCCUGGGGCACACGAGUCUGGCGCUGAAUAUCACUGAGCUGCAGGGUCUGGGCAUUGAGUUCUUCCUGGGACUGCUGCUGGUGCUCACCGUGUUUGGCGCCUGCGAUCCCCACAAGCCGGACUCCCGUUAUACGGCGCCACUGGCCAUUGGCAUGGCCGUGACCCUGGGACAUCUGGGCACCAUCCGCUACACGGGAGCCAGCAUGAAUCCGGCACGAACGGUGGGCACAGCCUUUGCCACGGACAACUGGAGCUCCCACUGGGUGUAUUGGGCUGGACCAAUGCUGGGAGGCGUGGCCGCUGCCCUGCUCUACACACAGGUGCUGGAGGCGAAGCCGCUACCGAAGACGGCGGAGGCGGCCGAUAAGUAUCGCACGCAUGCCGAUGAACGUGAGCUGCGCAAGCUGGAGGGUACACGGGAUUAUGCUUAAGGACUAAAAGGAUCUUAAGCUCCGGCAGUUGGCCACCACCAGAAAGAGAAAUCGGGAAGCCAGAAUAUCGUGCCAGAGAGAGAGAGAGAGAGAGAGAGUGGAACAAGAAGCGGACAGAACGAAACAGAUUUUUGAUGUUUUGUACAUGUCCCCCCCCACCUCCUCCCUGUACACUGUACUCAUUCAUUUCAGUGUCUAAUUCUAUCAUAAUAUUUUCUGUGUUCUUGUACUUCUCGUUCGUGUCUGUCUAUUUAUGUAUUUAUUUAUGCAAAGUUCAUUUUAUAUCUAACUAAUACUUACACUUCUACUGAUACUUAUACUUGUAUUAUACUCUUAAGCAGUGCUAAAAAGAAAUGCAACCAGCCAGCCACAAAGUAGUAAAUGUAUUCUCAUGAGUUCGCAAUAAAAUUGAAACAAAUAUUGGAACUAA